UCAAAUUUGGAAUAUAUUUAAAAAAAAGGCAAAAGACGUUCAAAGUUUGUUUACUUCUUCUCUUACGAACAGCCGCUGACAAUGGUAGCUCUGUUAUAAUAUUUUCAGGAAAUAUCAUGAAAUACGUUUUAACGCCUUUACUAAAUUACUGAGACUUUCACUAUCCUCUACAAAGUUGGUCUUCGAGCCGGACCUGUAAAGAAAGGUACCUAUCUAAUGUUCCGUACUCCCCCACCAACGAUGGUGAACACACGCAGCACAACAAGAAGGCUGGCGCAGGAGGAGGAACAGCGAACUGGAGAGACCUCAGUAAACAAAGGUGAGCAAAAGGAACAGGCACCAGCUGUGGAGCUUGAUGGUGAGCUACAUAUUAGCAAGAAGCCUUUUCACAAUGACGCGCCGAGUAUCGGUAGGACGAAAAGGUCAAGCUCAGCUUCCAUCAUAGCAAGAAAAAGGCAUCUAGAGCUGGCGGCGGCGGAAGAGAAAGCACGAAUCCAGAUGCAGCUGAUAGACAAAAAACUACAAGCAGAUAUGGCCGCACUUGAUGAGGAAUACAGUUCUCACGCGGAAGAGAAUGAGGUACGUAGCACGAACAGUGACGUAGAGAAAUGGUUGGAGCGCAGCCACGACGAAAGGUUAGCACAGCCCGUCCGGCAAGAUGUUUCGGAUUUGGGCGAGCUGUGCCCGCCCGCCGCUGCAGGCGGUGGCACUGAAAGUAUAACCGUUCAAAUGCUAGCUAGCGCACUGAAGGAUAUGGCAGCCAUCUCUAAAAGCCACGCACCAAAUUCAAGGUUGCUUAGUCGUAUCAGCACACAAAAGGACUUACCAGUAUUUGCAGGCGAUCCGCUUGAGUGGCUACAAUUCAAACAGGCCUACAACGAGUCCACCGAAGUAUGUAAUUUCACUCCUAGAGAGAACCUGUGGAGGCUGCGUAGCUGCUUACGUGGACCAGCGAAGGAAGCUGUGAUAGCGCUGUUGAUUGGCGCCACAACUCCCGACACAGUAAUGAAUGCACUUGAACUACAGUUUGGAAACCCUGAUGUAAUUAUUUCUAGAAUAGUUCAAGAUAUCCAAAAGUUACCUAUCAUGUCACAGGAAUAUCAUAAAGAUAUAGUUAAGUUCUCGGUCAAGGUUCAGAACUUUGUAGCAGCAGUUAUUUCUAUUGGCGAAGAUGAGUACCUAAAAAACAUGAACAUCAUGUCGGCUGUGUUAUCCAAAUUUCCAACAGUUUUGCUUUCAAAAUGGACGGACUACAGUUAUCCUCUUAUAACCGAAGGCUCUAAGGCAAAAUUAAUCAUACUUUCGGACUUUUUAAGAGAGGAAGCCGUAAAAACCACGAAGACAGCAAUCAACAUUAAUUAUUAUACUAAGCCAGAACAUUCUACUCAUAAACGUAAGUACGCCGAAAAUAAUACUUAUAAAUCUCAUAGUGUAUUGCUACAGAGUGAUUCUGACACGAACGAUUCGAAAUGUCGAUUUUGCCGGAACUCAACAAAACACAAUUUGCCGGACUGCAAAAUGUUUCAAAAAGCACUACGUAAAGACCGGUGGUUUCACGUCAAGAGGUACGGUAUCUGUUUUCGAUGUUUAGUAGAAAAGCACAACGAUAGCCAUUCCAACAGCUGCUCUGGUACUUGUGAUAUAAAGAGCUGCGGAUUGGGUCAUCACCGAUUGUUACACUACGAGUUUAAACGACAAGCCGGGAACGAACCCGAAACGGCUGAAAACCAAACGCAGACGGAAACGCAACAGGUAACGCAUGUCAAAGACGAUAACAGGCAAGUUCUAUUAAAAACUAUAACAGUCCAAAUACACGGGCCACACGGAAUAGAGACAGCCUCAGCGCUUUUGGACGACGGAUCGACUGUGACGCUAAUUUGUGCGGACCUUGCUGCACGGCUCGGUCUAUGUGGAUAUAAGAAAAAGAUUCGCAUGUGUGGAGCAUGGAAUAGCCACACGUUUGAAUGCGAUAGCGAGAUUGUAAACUUGACAAUAUCUAACAAAGAUGGACAGCUAUUUACGUUUGAAGCAAAUAGUGUUAAAAACCUAAACUUACCUGCGCAAGAUACCUCGCAUUUAUGUACGGAAACAUACAAGCAUAUUUCUGAAAUAGAAAGUCAAAUUAGUCUACAAUAUUCUAAGCCACAGAUGUUGAUAGGGCAGGAUAACUACCAUUUGUUAUUACCACUGCAAGUACUUGAAGGUAAACCAGGGGAACCGUAUGCUACACUUACCCCCCUUGGAUGGUGUCUUCAUGGUAGUACGAGAGCGCAAGCUUCUGCUAGUUUAUGGCACUCCACCCUGCUCGUCAGCUCGAACUGCUGUGACCUAGAUACCAAGAGUGAGUACGUACUGCGAGAGAUGCAUGAGGAAGUUCGACGUUCCUUCACUGUAGAGUCCCUAGGUGUUACUGCUGCACCACGAGAGAAUGCUGAUGACUUACAGGCUAGAGCUUAUCUAGAAAAGACAAGCAGCUUAAUAGAUGGAAAAUGGUAUGUUGGGUUGCCGUGGAAGGAUAACGACUUCAUCCCAACCGAAGUCUUAGGUCCGACAGCCAAAAGGUUAAUUACUGAAAAGAACUCGGAAUGUACUUUACUUUCAGGCAACAAGGUACUUACGAAACGAAAAGUGCUACCAGUAAUAAUGUCAAUAUUCAAUGUGUUUGGAUUUUUGUCACUAUUUACUAUUAAAGGAAAAUUAAUAUUAUUUCAAGACAUAUGGAAAACCGGUUUAGACUGGGACGAAUCGUUUACAGGUGAACCUUAUGCCAAGUGGGCUGAAUGGCUGAAGUUACUGAAGGAAAUGAUAUUUAAACAGCAUACGAUUAAAUCAAAAAGAAAAUACUUUUGGUACGGUUCGAUGACUGUACUACACUGGAUGAAAGAUAAUGCACGAAAUUAUCAAACAUUCGUAGCGCAUCGACUUGGGGAAACUUAUGAAUUACUUACCUCUCCGAGUGAAUGGCGUUACCUCCUGACUGAUCAAUUCUGGCACCUCUGGCUGAAGGAAGUCCUAGCAGCGAUCAUCGACUCUAACAUGCCCAGAGGAGCGUGGUCCCGAGGCGUCAUCGAAGCGGUGCUGCCAGGCGAGGACGGGCGAGUGCGAGUCGUGAACGUGAGGACGACGUCUGGACGACUCCUGAGGCGAUCUAUGGCACGCGUCGCAUUUUUACCUAUUGUUAAUGAGUGCUGA